GUUACAGAAUUCAGCUACAAUGGGGAAUGUUUUUGAAAAGCUGUUUAAAAGCCUAUUUGGGAAAAAGGAAAUGCGAAUUCUCAUGGUGGGUUUGGAUGCAGCGGGCAAAACCACCAUCUUGUACAAAUUGAAGCUGGGAGAGAUCGUGACAACCAUCCCUACCAUAGGUUUCAAUGUGGAGACGGUAGAAUAUAAAAAUAUCAGCUUCACAGUCUGGGAUGUUGGUGGCCAGGACAAAAUCAGACCUUUGUGGCGACAUUACUUCCAGAACACUCAAGGUCUGAUUUUCGUGGUUGACAGUAAUGACAGAGAGCGGGUCAAUGAGGCCCGGGAAGAACUAACCAGAAUGUUAGCCGAAGAUGAGCUCAGAGACGCAGUUUUAUUGGUGUUUGUAAACAAACAGGAUCUUCCUAAUGCUAUGAAUGCAGCAGAGAUCACAGACAAGCUUGGCUUACAUUCCCUUCGCCAGAGAAACUGGUACAUUCAGGCUACCUGUGCCACCAGUGGAGAUGGGCUUUAUGAAGGCCUGGACUGGCUCUCCAACCAGCUCAAAAACCAGAAGUGAUCAGAAGCAACCCAUUCCCCAUGCAUCGUGGCAAAGCCAGCUGGCCUUUCCUGUGUGCAUGUGAGCGUGUGAGGAGCCCAUGGGGCUGUGCGGCUGGGAGUGGGGGCAGCUUUCUCACACCGUGCCUUAUACACGCUAUACGAAAACCAGUAUUCCAUGUUAAGAAAACCAGUGUUACAUUUUGAAUGCUACCUUCCAUUUCACUAGCUUUGAUGGUCAUUUUUGCUAAGGCCCCCUGGAUGUGAUAGCCAGAGCAUCUCUAGGCUGGAAAAGAAGAGAGCUAGAGCUGGACAUGGUCCUGUUGCUGCGACCUGGGUCUAGCAUCUCCAUAUACUGGAAUCCUGUUGGACUUCAGUGUCCUAUUGUAAAAAGAAAGGAAGGAUCUGUCAUUCUUUCCCACUGUGCCAAAGCUAGCGGCUCACUUUAAAGCAAUCAAGAAGAAAAGAUACAUUAUUAUGUGAAGAGGGUCAGAGGGGAACACGUCUCCAGAGUUCUGUUAGUUCAGAAUGACUCAUUUAGCUUGUUUUAGCCCAAGGAAUCGGUGACCUUUUUCACUAGAGCACCCAGACUAACACUAGAGAAGUUUCCAGCUUGCCCCUCACUUGCCAAAUGGAACCGCAGUGGGCUGCUGGCCAGCAGGAGGCCAGGACUCUCCCCAGCCACGUGCUCCACAGUGGAGUGUAG